GUUCUCAUCUUCUCACAGAGAAAGCGCGAACCACUGUCCACAGGUCCCAAAGCGCAGAAACAGAGAGAAGAAGAUGUCAGGAAGAGGAAAAGGAGGAAAGGGACUGGGAAAAGGAGGUGCGAAGAGGCAUCGCAAGGUUCUGAGGGAUAACAUCCAGGGCAUCACCAAGCCUGCAAUCCGAAGGUUGGCGAGGCGUGGUGGAGUUAAGCGUAUUAGCGGUCUGAUCUAUGAGGAGACUCGUGGUGUCCUCAAGAUCUUUCUUGAGAACGUCAUUCGUGAUGCUGUCACUUAUACCGAGCACGCUCGCCGGAAGACGGUCACUGCUAUGGACGUUGUUUAUGCUCUUAAGAGACAGGGUAGGACUCUUUACGGGUUCGGAGGUUAGGGUUUCUGGGGGGCUUUAUGGUGUAAAAAUUGGAAUCUAGGGUUCGUUGUUUUAUCGUCUGGGUUUCGUUGUUGGAUGUAUUUAUUUAGUGUUCUUCUGACGAAUCGAUGAAUGAUAAAUUGUUGUUUUUUGGUAAUUUUGAUUCUGUUCUUCUGGGUUUGUUUGUGGAUUUUCUGUAAAUUGUUAAUUUGUUCGACUGGUUUUGUGUUUC